AGCCGGUCUGGCUCAACAGCGGGGGGGGGCAUCACUCUCUCGGGUUCAAAAGAAAUUCCACUCGAUUCAUGUAGGCGGCAAGGACUCGCUGGCACCGAUGCCGCCGCCAUGGCCUCUGCCGGGACGGCCUCCCCUCGGAGGCGGCGCCCGUGGGAGGCCGGCGCGGCUCGCGGUGUUGCUGGCCGCGGCGAGGUGCGCCGCCGAGGACGGCCGGCCUCUCCACAGCGCCGUGCGGAGCCACAGGCCGGGGACGCUCGUGAGGAGCGAGCCGGCUCUGGGGCCGUCCAUGUUCCAGGGCAAGGAGGCGUCGCACCAGGCCGCGGCGGUCAGCGUCGACGCGGGCGGCGUCUUCGCCUGGGCCGCCAGAGGUGCCACCGCCGUCGAGGCCGCCACGGCCGCUGGCGCGGCGGGCGCCGCAGGGCUCCCCGUGCAGCGCGCGGCGUCCGCGCCUGCGGCGGCUCCGGUGGCGGCGCCGGCAGCAGCGCAGUUGGCGGCGGCCGGGGCUCAGGCGCCGGCACCGGCGACGGGUCCAGCAGCAGCUCCAGCAGCGCUUCCACCGAAGCUUCACGUGAUAGGUCUCACGUGGGAAGGCCAGAAGACCGUGUUGUACCCGUACCUUCUUCAGAGCAUACUCGCGGCACACAAUCGGCCCGGAGCGCAGCAGAUCAGAAUGUCAGUGGAGGUUCACAAUACUGGAGACCCUGCAGCGCAAGAAGACUUGAUGUCUUCAGUUACGCAAGCGCAGGCGCUUUCGAAUUCGAAUGCUUCUGUGAAAAUGGCACCCUGGGCAUCUAAAGAAAAUGGCACGUGGGGAUACGUAGCUUUGGACCGAGCUCUUGAAUCUCUGAAGCGAGAUGCGAUAAAUACUGCGGACAACGACUACCUAAUGUUUUGCGACGGUGAUCGUGUUUACUUUCCAGAGAUGCUGGAGACCGCGUUGCCAGAGAUGCGGAAUGGUGUUGAUCUCGUUGGCCUUAGCUUCAUGUGUUCGCCCAGGCACGCACCUCCGUCUGGCGUUCGAUACAAAGAGUGUAAUUUUACCCAAGGAACUAUGGAUCUGGGAUCUGUGUUGUUCAGGGUGGGAGCAGUCAGGUCGUCUGGGCUGACUUUCGCACAGGUGCCAACACCUUGCGCAGACCUAGCGCACGGAAACCCUUACAAGUGCUCGGCCACUGAUACCCGGCCAUGGUGGGCUGCAGAUUGGGGUUUUGUGUCGCGACUUCUCAUCAAGGGUGCCAGCAAGAAGUGUGUGGGCAAGGGUGCUUUGAUGGAGCAGCACUGAGUAGUGCCAAGGUGCUGUGAGGUGGAAGCGCCCGCUUGUUGUGCCGCCGAGCGUGGUGGCAGACACCAGCAGAUAGCACCACGAGCCUUAUGGUUGUGCUUGCGCAGUA